UAAGCCACUGGCCAAUUGGAACUCUUGCAAGACUUUGAGAACAAUAUGAAACUAAGGCUCAUUUUCCUUGCUUUUCUACUCGGCGUCGUCGGCUAUAGUAUUGCCGACACUUCGUCUGUGUUGAGAGUUCUACAAAGGUUGAGAACAAACGGCCAGUUAUCAGACGAAGAUCGCAAAGUCUUGGCGCUUGCUAAAGAAGAUGAUCUGCCCGAGCCCGUUAAACGUAUGGUCACCACCGUCGCUAAAGGGGCGAACACGUGUUGCCGAAAUGUGCCGACGAGCGUUGUAACCAAGUCCAGAUCCUCCAAACGAGUGACAACACAUCGGAGUAACUAUCGGGCCGGUUCGUCUCACUGCGGACUUUGGGGCUGGCGACGAUGCGCACGUUACGAAAACCGUUAUCGGGAGGUUGUCACUUACGCGAGGGAAUAUUACAAGCAGUCUGUGGAGGCUCCUUGCCCGGAGAAGGAUGUGGUGUGCUGCCAUCUGUUCAUCAAUGUCAGCGGCAGAUGUGUCAAUAUCCACAACCUAAGCUCGGUGACUGGUAAACUGGUGGGGUGACUUCGUGGGAUGAAAAAUCCAUUCAGAUGUAAUGAAAGUUCUGCUUUCCUUUAAGAUAAAGCUUCAGAUAACUUCA